AUGCUCAGGAAUCGCAAUGCCAAUGCCACGGUGGGCAGCGCACGUGGCGGACCCAACCUGCGAGGUCGAGCGGGUGGGAAAGGUGGCGACAGGGGAAAAGACCGAGCACCAAAGAAGCGCGAAAAGGGCAAAGACGGGGAUUCUGGGCCGUCCACCAAGUUGUCUGAAAUCGAUCCUGCCACAACGCUUUCGGAUGGGAUGAUACACAACCUGAUGCGUCUGCAGAGGAAGGAGUGGGAUCGCGUGCCGUACGAGCCCAAGUAUGCACCGGGAAGUUUCGCGGCGCAAGAAUUGAUACACGAGGGAAGAGAGCUGUUUAGGGGAGAGUCACCGCCGGUCAAGAUAUGGGGGAGGCUGGAGAAGACGAUUGGUGUGGUGGGCAUGUUUGGCGCAGAGGCACAUCUGAAGGUCAGGAGAGUGCCAGACGGCGACGAUGCGCCGUUCGGGCAGGAGGAGGCUCAGGAGGAGACUCAGGAGGAAGCUCAGGGAAAUGUGGAAGCGGCAAAGGACGGAACUCCUAUUGAGCAGAAGCAGAAGCAGAAGCAGGAAACUGAGCAGAAGCCUGAAGCCAUUGUACAAUAG